CAACGAACAAAUCACCUGGCUAUUCACACCUACUUCAUAAGUUCAUAAUUUUACAGACUAUCCAAAACACUUCUUUCCACAACAACUGACUGUGAAAAAAGUACGACAAUGAAGUUGGUCUUACCUAUCACCGCGGCUCUUCUUAGUCUUCUCCCGGAUGCAUUAGCAGUCGUUUGUCGAAUCGAAGUUCAAUUUAAUGGGAAAAUCUUGGCUUCUAAACUCGGCGCUCCCGGCGUACUCAAACAUAUCGGUGGAUAUUGGUGCCUUGCUGGCCAAGACUGCCUCUCGCCUAACUUACCUGCUGGAGGGCUGCCCUUGACGAUAUCUUGGUGUUCCUAA